GCCUUUACUGUGCGACGAUUUAGAUGUGAUUUAGAACUUUUCCUACUUGGCAAGCGGAACCAGUAAACACAACAAAACGCCGUUUGUGUUCUGACUGGAGUUCUGAGUUCUAAGUGUUACAGGAGUGAACGCAGUUUGUCUGGGAUUCUAGUGGUUGCACCGCACGGCCAGAGAAGCAGGAUUUUAAAGUGCAAAGUGUUUGUCGGGAUCGUGGUGCUUUUUUGUAUUGUUGUUUUUUCGCGUGUGCUAGGAUUGAAAAAGGCUAAAGUCACGUUUCAAGCCGUUCUGCGCGCCGCUAGGAGUGGCAUUGUUUUGGUUGCGCACGUGUGUGUACGGUUCAGCCUCCGCCACCACCGCGCUUAGCGAAAAAGACAUUACGGAGCCGCGAGAGUUCAAACGAGGAAAGCGCGCACACGCAAGUGACAGUGCGGACAGUGGUGAAAUUGUGCGGUUCGGAAGAAUCAAAAUAGAAAGCUAGAACCUAGGUUACGGCGGACGGCAAGCUCUCCGCGACAAGACCAACCGGUUUAUUGAGAUCAAUUGAGAUCAAGCGUUGUGACGACCGAAGUGAGUACUAACCACAGUACUAAACAAGUGUGUUCAACUGGGGAACAGAUACUCGAAUUAGACAGUUUUGACAGUGAUCGUGAGUGAUCGUAUCAAAACAUAAACACAAUGGCGAUUCCGUUUUUACAACCGGAUGAGGACGACAGUAUCCGUCAUAAUGGGAAUGGAACUGCGUCUUCUGGCAACGGAAGUGGUACCAGUGGUUCUACUAGUUCCGGAGGUAUCGGUGGGGGGAGUGCGGCAGCUGCAGCAGUAGGGGGAUCAACCUCUGGUGCUGUCGGGAAUGUGUCAAUUCCCAGUUUAUCGGCUCCUAUCGGAACAUCAACGGGAGUCCAGACGCCGCUGAUUAGCCCAGUGUUUGGUGACCAAUUGGUGCAUUUGUUUUACGAGGCGCUCUAUCGCUACACUAGAGGAGAUACACCCUCGACACCGAUCUCACAAUCGCCGCAGAGUUCGUCCUGCAGCCCAUUCACCACCGGGUACUACAAUGGCCAGGUGUUCUUCCCUCAGACUCCGAACGGAGUACAUCGAGCAGGCGGUGGUGGCCGUGGGGCAGUAUUCUUCGGCCAGCCAACCCCCAGCCCCAGUGGAAGUAGUCACAGUAGCCACGGCAGCGCCGCUAACAGCCCGGAUACGCCAUCCUGCUCCUCAGCAUUGCCAUUCUUCCACCAGUUUCCGUCCAGUUUCCCGGUAGCCAGUGGCGGUAGCUCCACAGUAACACCGGCGGCGGUCGCCUCUGCCUCCGCAGCUACAACACGCACCACAUGGAACGAUGACGGCGACGAAUCGAGCGAGUCGGAUUCCUCACAAGCCACCACGGCUAGCGCCGGGUGCAGUCCCCACUGUUUGGGUCUUUCAAGCCAUCACCACCAUCACCACCAUCACCACCAUCAGCUCCAUCAGCUGAACGAUGGCGGAACAAUGGGCCUAAUGCCGGCCAGCGGGUUCAUUCCACCCCAUCUCGACUAUAUGGCCGGUCGUGAGCAGCUGCAGGAGUUCACUGGCAAGAUUCCGCAGCGCAAGAAGAAAUCCAAGGCAAACAAAUCCAAGAAAACGAGAUUUCUGGAGCACACACUGGUUUGGCCGACGCUGGCCGUGACCGCGAUGCUGAUUGCCCUCGGCUGUGGGCUCUUCGCGGCCAGGUAAAUGCUCACCACCAGGAGACACACUGCCGUCGUGUGCACAUACACACGCCCAAGUAAACCAAGUGCCUUUCGUUGAUUCUAAGCUGACAUAUACAAUACACACGUAAAUAAGGUGUAAUUAGUUAACCUUCCCAAGCAGGAGUUAUAAGAUCCGCAGAGAACGCCGGUAGCGAAGAUCCAUACGGUGUCGCUUGAAGGCACCAAAACCAACAGUAAAAGCAGCAGCAUCGAAACCGUCACUCAACCGGAUCAGGAACCUGCGAUAGAAAAUUUACCAUGAUUGAAGAACAUAAACACGUCUAUACUUUUAAUCAAACACACUUAGAAUAAUUGGUUCAAGCGAACCCGAUUUAGUUUCGUAAACCAGAGCAUAUUUUUCAUUUUGUUUUUAGAGAGGAAACAUUUUUUUUAAUCCAUUUGACGGAUAAUGAUCUCCAUUUUAUUUUUAAUAUUUUUAAACAUGUUUUAUUAUUCUUGAACAGAGAAAUUCAAAGUUUAGAUUGUUGAGGGAAUAUCAACGCAAUUCAAAUCAAAACUUAAUGAAAGAGAACAAAAACGUUGAAAUAUCAAACCAAAAGUUAUUGUGAUCGAUUUUAUAUACUUUUUUUUCAUUUUUUGCUAUGAGGUUUAAAAUAUUUUAACAUGUUUAACUUUGCUACGCCCAUCGGUUCGCCUCUCCUUCCCCCUGGAUGGUUUGACGGUGUACAAGAUGUGGCCAUUGAUCCGAUAAGUGAGAGAAUCUUAAAUCAAUUAGCGCUAGUUUAUCUCGAUAGUGAAGUAGUACAUUCUCACUUUUACAUUAUCGUGAGUAGCCACUAAGAAGAGUCCUUACUCACGAAUUAAACAAGGUGCAGUUAGUGAAAUUAGUUAUCAGAGCCAUUUCGGGUAAGGAUCAAAUAGUUUUAAUGUGAUUUCACUUAGGGAAAAUCUUCUGAAGACGAUCUUCAACUAAGUGAAGGAAAAAUAAGAAUGACAUGGAAACAAGUGUAGAUCUAGCAGAGAAAACAUGAUAGUUACAAUUAAGGAUAGUGGAAAUUGGAGAAACACUUUAGAGGUGCAGUAUUAAUCAUAAAAAACGAUUAAUUAUAAUUUUCCAUGAUUUUUCAUAGGUUAAGUUUUAUCGGGAUUAUGUUUUUUUUUGCUUUGGUGAGCUCGAAAUGUAGGCUCUUUAUUUUGUUUUUUUUUCAAUUUCCUGAACAUGAACAGAGCUUUUGUUAACCACAAUUUGCUGGAAUUCCAUCUAUUUUCUUUGUUUGAAUCAAACCGAUCAGCAAUUUUCCUAUCAGCUCUCCGAUGAUACGCUCAAAGCAGUCAAACACAAUAAUAAUACGGAAUAAUAAUACAAUUCUGCCACCAACUCCCAUUCUGAAUCAUCAAUAUCCACCAAAAAGAACACGUUUGGAACAGCCAUUCAUCAGAUUUCAUUGAUACUGCCGAUACUGUUAAAGUCGCUAUGGUUUUCACGACAAAAUCACACAAUACUGUAAUGCAUUAAUGGAGACGCUGUAUUCGUUAUAACAAAAACAUCCAUUAUUUAAUCACCAAAUUGAACUUUUCCUAUUGUCUUCAAGUUACGUUAACUAUCUCUAGAACAGCUAUACUCAACCUGCGGAAAACCUCAGAAAUCAUUACCCAUUUUUUGACGUAGUACUACGGCUUUCAGUAAUAGUUCCAAAUCAGAAAACAUGACAAUGUUUUUAUGAAAUAGGAAUAACAAAUGCGGCGUUCGUUCUAUGGACAAUGUGGAUUGAGAAAAUAUUGCAAUUUAAGCUCCGCCCGUUUUCAAUUUAUUGAGUAUACACAAGCUAUUUGCGAUUUCACAACAUUCACGACUCAUCAGUUAUCCAGCUAGCGACCAGAUGGUAACACGCUAUUCCAAAUGACCUUUCUCAAGGCCAAGAGUUCAGUUUCGUUUCCAAAUUGACCCUUUCCAGGCUAGAGACGAAUGAACUGAGAAAUUUUAAAGUCUACAAUUAAAACCAUGAUCAUCAUUAUUCAAAUCACAGUCUCACUCCAGCUAGCAGACAACGUUCUUUCUCAAUGCAAAUGUUUCCCUCGAUGCAAAGGAAGAAUGAAAGAUAGAUAUCGCACACAGUGGUGCAAUAUCGUUCGGUGGAGACACGGCAUCGAUUUUCAUGCCAUCUAGUGGAGAGCACUUCUGUAUUUUUGCAUCACAUCAUUUAUGCAACUGUUCGGUAGGGGUGAGUUUUAAAUUUCGGAAACGAGCACGUUACGUUUGGGGUGCCAGGUUUUAAGCGUUAAUACCUCUUUGGCGGCUGAACGAAGUGGUAUGACAAUCACUUUCAAAUGAUAUAAUGUGUAUGGGUGAUAUUUGUUACUUAUUGAUCCAAAAACUUUUUCCAUAGCUCAAAAACUACUUUGAAAGAAAACUGUUGAAAAAACAAAAUUCUAGAAAUAUUGAUGAAAAUAUAAAAAUCUAUAAAUACAGCCAUUCCAUGUCAAACCGAUAUAGUGGUUCUCAGAUUUUCUUGAAAAGUGGUAAUUUUGUUUUUUAUCGCAAAACAUUGGACCCGUAUUUUCAUUAGGGUAACUAUUUCUAUUUUAGGGUGAUCCGAAAAAUCAACUUUUUCCCUUUUUUUCUUAAAAUUACUUUUUUCAAAAAUUCUUAUUACAGCGCGGACUCGAUUAUAUACAGUUUUUGAUUUCUUUUCACUGUAUAUAAUCGAAUCCUGUAUAUAAUCGAGUCAAAAAAAAUUUGUGUGAUUCGUUUUUUUUUGCAUGUAUUUUUUUGUUUUUUGAAUAUUAAAGAUGAAAUUUGGGUUUUGAUUCAAUCCCUUAAAGUCAGAAAACACCUUUCUCACAUGAAAAAAAUAAAUUUAUCCGGAUUCUUUCAGAAGGUGAUAGACGAUCAUAUUUGAUGAAAAAAAACCUUCUACGCAUAUGUUCGAAUUUCAACAAUGACAGAGUUAUAGAAUUUUUUUUUGUAUCGGACUCUGUUGCCUCAAGCUGGCUCUACAUUACAAAGUACGCUACAGAAGACGAUUUUGUUGCGUUCAUUCGAAUCAUGAGAAAAUUUAGUACAGGAUAUAGUAGUGGAACAUCUAAAUAAGUGGAUUUUAAUAACAUUUUGGAAGCGAAAAACAUAAAAGUUAAUUAUUUUUAAUGUGGUAUUAUUAAUGUCAUCCUAAAAAAUUAUAUUAAACUAGAUUGUUUUUAUCAAUUAAAUUGAAGUCUUUUAACCGUUCUACAAUUCCGAACUGUUCUUUGACACCGAACUUCUAUCGUUCUUAAUUUGGCUGCAAUAUCGAUGUAAACAAUUCUUGGUGAAAAUUCAAUCAAAAUCUUCAAAAAUCACGAUUUUUACCCCACUGUACAUGUAAUAGCCACUUAAAUUACACCUUAACGUUGAAAGGUUACAUUUCUUCUUGAAAUAAGUCAUAUUUGAAAUAUAAAAAAAAUAUUUUUUUCCAAACUGUAUAUAAUCGAGUCCAAAAUUGUAUAUAAUCGAGUCCGACCUGUACAGUAGAACUCCGAUUAUCCGUGAAAUAGUCUAGCUAGGUCACCGCGGAUCACGAAAAUCGCGGAUAAUGCAAUAAUUGACUAAAAAAGAGAUGCAAACACAGUAUUUCAGCAUGAUAACUAUGUUUUAUCAAUAAAGAAAUCAUUAAAUUAUCCAUCUAUAAGGUUGUGUACACCAGAAAUCAAAUAAUGUGAAAGUCAUGACCAAAACAAAAAUGCAAAAUCCUACACCUCACUGAUAAUUUCCGGGAAAGUCCAUAGCAUUGCUAUGGAUAAACCGAAUCGCGGAUAACCGAGGUUCCACUGUAUUUGAACUACUACACCGAUUUCGAUAAUCGACAUACCAAAUUAAUGGCAAUGAACUAGUCUUCUUUGCAAAAAUAUUAUUAUGGUUUUUGUUUUUAUAAUUAUUGAUUUUAUUUGUUUUAUGUAGUUUUCACGGUCUCGGGACCAAGAAGCUGUAUUUUUUAUAUUUUAUCUUGAAAGCUGAGGCUUUUUUUUGAUAACAUAUCCAAAAAUCAGAUAGGUAUAUUCUUUCGUUUUUGAGUUAUGGUAUUUCAAAGUUUAGAUGUUUUGGUUGCAAUAGUUUAAAGAACAGAGAAUAGGAACAUGGGAAAUAUGAAUUUUUGCAUCUGUUAUAUUUUUUUGAAAAAGAACAGCUCAUUGGCUUUAAUUUUAUAUGUCGAUCAUCUGAAUCGGUAGUUGAAAAGUUAUGAUUUUUUAAAUAAAGGCGUAUUUCGAAAAAAAAAUUUGAUUUUUCGGACCAUCGAUUAACUUUGAAAGAUCAUAACGAAAAAAUACACCUGUGAUUUUCGGAUAUGUUGUGUAAAAAAUCCUCAGCUUUAAAGAAAAAAUAUAAAAAAAUAUAGCGCCCUCGGUCCCGAGACCAUGAAAACUAUGAAAAACAAAUAUAAUCAAUAAUAUUAAAACAAAAUCCAAUUUUUUUGUGAAUGCAAUAUUUUUUCAAAGAAUGAUCGAAAUCGGUGUAGUAGUUCAAAGUUAUGAGUUUUUGAAAAAAGGGGAAAAACUUGAGUUUUUGGACCACCCUAAAAUGGAAAUGGGCAUCCAAAUGAAAAAAUUCAAAAAAAAAAUACGGGUCUAAUGUUUUGCGAUAAAGAACUAAAUUACCACUAUUCACGAAAAUCUGAGAACCACUAUAUCGGUUUGACAUGGAGUGGCUGAAUGUGCUUGACAGUCCAUCGAAGUCAAAGUUGAUCAGCUGUUGAUACGUGUCGCCGAAUUGCGACACGUAAAAGCACUAGAAAUAUUGUGCUCACCCUAGGCCAACCUCAGUUUCUAUUUCACUGCCGUGGUGAACUCUUGCUAAACUUAGGCUGCAUACUAUCAGUCAUUGAAAGUUCCGAGCUACCCCACGCUGUUUAAUAAAAUAUUUAUAUCUUGAAAUUGCGUUAUUGCUCAAGCGACAACAAGAAUGAAUCAUGAAUCACCCAUCUACAAAACCACACAAACCUAUCAUUCCUUUCCAGGGCCACAAAAAAAUAGACUAAAGAAGUUUUUACAAAAUAUCGAUGCAUUCUCAAAUAAUAUUUGAAGGAAUCAAAAGCGAAUUGAUUUUUAUAUAUAUAUUUUUUGCUAGAAGAUGUGUAAUGAGUAAUGAUGAUGAUGCUUUGAAUUAUAGAGGCUUUUUCAGACUUUCGAACUAUCUGAGUUUAAAUUUGACUUAAAAAAAGAUCAUUUUGGAAAACGUAUCUAAAUACUCGGCCUUAAGAAAGGCCAUUUGUAGAGCCUCACUACCGCUGCCAUCUGUUCGCUAGCAGGAUGCCUGAUAGAUCGUGAGUAAAAAAUUAGUGUCUUUCACCGAUAAAUCAACUGAUUUUCGUGAAUUCGAGGAUCGUUUCCGAGAUAGAAGUGGUGUCAGUGUGCAACCAAUUUGUAGCCAGAUGUGAAGAAGGCAUUUCUCAGCGGUAAGAGCUAAAUUUCGUUUGCUGUCGACGCCGCCUCCACAUCACACACCAGAUUUGUUUCGAAUUUUCGUUUUGAAUGUUCUUUGCGUUGUUUUUGGAAGCUAUACUGGAAAACAACUUGGUAAUUCAGUAAGUUCAAUUUUGCGUUUUAUUGCUUCGCGAAUUGUUCGCGGCCCUUACUCGGUGAAAGCAUUCAUUCAUCUCCCUUGUCAGUGCUACCAAAUGUUACCUAAGCAAUUUCUCGCUGGUUAUAAUUUCGUAGUCCUACAUCAACAAUGAGGUCAUGUCUUGGGCACAAUUUUAAUUUUUUGCGACCCGCAAUACCAUUAUUAAUACGAGUUUGUGGCCCCUCUAGAAAAAAAAGGUUGAGUACCGCUACUCUAGAACAUUAACUACUGCCAUUGUUUUGAACAUGGAAGGACCCAGCUCUCGCAGCUCACCACAGCCUCAAUUAAUUGUAAGAUCUUUUCUUUUAGUACAGUUUUUUUUAUUUUUAUCUUUUUAAUAAAAGUGGAAUGGCAUCGAACCGAAACCGAACUACACUUACAAGAUACAGAUGAAGCAGAAAAACAGAUUUUUCCAAAACGUGCUGUGCAAAAUUCCCAAAGAUUCGAUACGCGAAAUGAUCGCACAUUGAUCUCAAAACCAGCGCGGGGUCUUAUCUUUUUUGUUUGUUUUAAUACUUAUUGACUAUGUUUUGAACGUUGUAACUUCUAAUUGUUUGCAUUUUUAUGUGUCAACAAAAAACUACACGAAAAGGUUUACUCCUCUAGGAUAAUUUUCAUUCCCCGCCCCCAACCAACCAACCAACCAACCAGUGGACAGACAGGCAAUGGGAUUCUUACUUUUUAGAUUGUUUACUGAAAUAGCGUAAGGAAAACUUCUAGACAGUAAUACACUAGUCUUAGCGAAUGUUUUUCCCACCGGAACCGAAACCGACAACGGGCGCAGCGGGAACGGAAUUGGAAACCGAUCGUCGUGGCGUGUGGGAAACUUGUGAUGUACAUUUUUGAUCUCAUUUUAAACCGUUUCAUCUCAUGUGUACCAUAGCAGGAGAGACAGGAGGAAAAAACUUUUCUUUGUUGCCUUCGGUAGAGAAAUUAUUUUGUUUUACACAUACAUUCAAGCGCGCUAGUGAGUAGUAGAUCCGUAAGUGGGAGGUGGAAGAUUAGCCAUACAUUAGAUGUAGAGGAUCAUUCAUCGAUCUAGAACAGAUUUCUGUUUUACGGACGAUAUUUUUUUUACUGUGUAAACUUUUUUCAUAUAUACAUAUGCCACACAUCAGUGACACAUCUAGCUUGUAAGGAAAACUUUUUUGAUUUUUUUUUUCGAUGCGGUCUCUAAACACUUCAGAUUCUUCAAUAGCCAUUUUGUUUGGGCCCAAUUAUUGUUAAAAUUCUCAUAUUUUGAAUAAAGCUGUGAAAACAA